CACGAGUGCAGUCAGUUCAGCUCAGCUUUAAUACGUCAAUGACGAUAUAAGAGAGGCGAUUUUCUUUAUUUUUUUCUUUAAAAAUCUGUAAAAUAUAAAUAUGCACUAUAAUAAUGCAUAAUAAAAAUAUUAAUUUGCUCUGCUGAUGUAAAAAAAAAAUUAAAACUUUAACUAUACAAUAUCUUAAUCUUAACUACUCAAUAAUAUUCAACGUUUUUUAAAUUUAUCAAUUAUUUCGAGUUUUUAAUAUUUUAAAAAUGUGUUUCUUCGAUUAAAAUACAGGUGUAUAUAAUCCACUGUUGUAAAACCCUGACAUAAUGUCCACUUUGGAGGAUAAAAUUUUGGGAGAGAAGUUGCACUACUAUUGUAGUUCGAGCGAAGAUGAGGAAAAUGAUGAUUCUGGAGAUUCCGAUAAGGAAUAUAACAAUGUGAAAUGCACUGAGGAUAGUGCACAAUAUGCAGCGCCUGCAGAAUGGGAUGGAGUUUCCAAUAAUACAGGACCUAAAGGUGUCAUAAAGGAUUGGCAAAGAUAUAAGCAACUAGAAGCAGAAAAGCGAGAAUUACAAGAGAAAGAAAAAUUGGAAUUGAUUAAAAAACUGAGUUUAACAUGCCGCAGUGCUUUGGAUGAGGAGAAAGAAAAGCUGAAUGAGACAGAUCCAGAUCUGGUAAAUUUAUUGGCUGAUGAAUUCCUAUUGGAAUAUCAGAAACAGAGAAUGAAAGAGAUGCUAGCAAAAACAGAGAAACUUUGCUUUGGAAAAGUCAUUGAUUUAGAGAGUGCUGAUCAAUUUUUGCAAGCUAUUGAUGAUGAAGAUAAAUCAGUGACUAUUAUUGUUCAUAUUUAUGAAGACAAUGUACCUGGCUGUGAAGCUAUGAAUGGAUGCUUGAUAUCUCUUGCUGAAGAAUAUCCUCAUGUGAAAUUCUGCAAAAUUCUAGGAUCAAUUGCAGGCCUCAGCAAACAAUUUAAAAAGUUCGGCGUACCAGCAUUAUUGGUAUAUAAAAAAGGACAAAUUAUAGGGAAUUUUGUACAUAUGACAGAUCAUUUGGGAGUGGAUUUUUACUCAUCAGAUUUAGAAAUAUUUCUCAUUGAACAUGGAAUACUUGCAGAUAAAAAUUGUGUACCUCUCAUCAUCUCGAAGAACGAAAACAAUACAUCUGAUAAUGAAUAACAAGAAAAUUUAAUAUUUUUAUCUUUUUUAAGAUAAUCUAUUGCGAGAGAUCUUUUAAUUAAG